AGGCUGGUCUGCGCUCCGCGGUCGCCGGGUCAUGGGCGCCGUCGGCUCGUCCCCGCUGGUCCGCCUCGGCCUCUCCGCGCCGUCCCGGCCCCGCUGGCUCGGGGUCGCCGCGCUGGGACUGGCCGCGGUGGCGCUGGGGGCCGUCGCCUGGCGCCGCGCGUGGCCUCCGCGGCGCCGGCGGCUGCAGCAGGUGGGCACCGUGGCGAGGCUCUGGCUCUACCCGGUCAAGUCGUGCAAGGGGGUGCCGGUGAGCGAGGCCGAGUGCACGGCCCUGGGGCUGCGCUGCGGCCACGUGCGCGACAGGUUCUGGACGGUGAUUAAGGAAGAUGGACACGUGGUGACCGCACGGCAGGAGCAUCGCCUCGUGCUGGUCUCCAUCACCCAUGAGGAAAACUGCCUUGUCCUCAGGGCGCCGGGCAUGGACCAGCUGGUUUUGCCCAUCAAGGUGCCUUCCUCCAACAGGCUCCACAACUGCAGGAUGUUCGGUCUCGACACCCAGGGCAGGGACUGUGGCGACGAAGCUGCUCAGUGGUUCACCAGCUUCUUGAAAACGGAAGCUUAUCGGCUGGUUCAGUUUGAAAAGAACCUGAAGGGAAGACGAUCAAAGAAAAUAUUCCCCUCCGUUGCCCAGGAUUACGAGGUGGCCUACCCAGACUCCAGCCCCAUCUUGGUCAUCUCAGAAGCCUCUCUGACGGAUCUGAACACGAGGAUGGAGAAGAAGGUGAAAAUGGAAAAUUUCAGGCCAAAUAUCGAGGUGACAGGCUGCAGUGCUUUUGAGGAGGACACCUGGGGUGACCUGCUCAUUGGCGACGUAGAGAUGAAAAAGGUUUUGGCUUGUGGCAGGUGCAUUUUGACCACGGUUGACCCAGACACCGGAGUGACUGACAGGAAGGAGCCCCUGGAGACCCUGAAGAGCUACCGCCUGUGUGAUCCCUCUGAGAGGCCAAUUUACAAGUCGGCCCCACUUUUUGGGAUCUAUUAUUCAGUGGAAAAAAUUGGAAGCCUGAAAGUUGGUGACCCCGUGUACCGGAUGGUUUAGUGACGGCUCUACCCCAGGGAUACGAGAAAUGGGAUGCAGCGGGUUUUCUGAUGUGUGUGUCCACACAAACACACAAACUCCUGUCGGUUUUCACAUCGCUGUUGAGUCCCGUUGACUUUUUGCUCGCCUGUGUUUGACCCCCACCAUGAUGGAAUCAGGUCGUCUUUGAGAAUGGAAAUUGACUCUGCAGACUUUGGUUCUGUAUUUGAUUAUGCUUCUGUCGAGCCAUGUAAAAGGAAUGAUAACGGACAGAUACACCAAGCGCGAAUUCCAAGUAUGAUCAAGAAUAGACCUGGAUUUGAAAGAGAAGGGUAUUUUGAGAGUAGGGCUGGAAGGAAGGAAGUUUGAACCUGUUUUUUUAGGUGCAAAUUUUUUUAUAACCAAAUAAUUUGGUUUGCUUAAUCCAGAGCUCUUCCUGAACCAAUAUGUGGAUGAGUGAACUCAUAAUUUUGCGGUUUCUUUAAUAAUAAUAAAUGUGAUUCUCAAUUGUA